AUGCAACCUCUGCCUCAGCCCUCCUCUCUAUUCACGGAAAAAAAGUCCAAAAUCCUUCAACAGCUCGCCGUCCCAGACACUGAAUACUCUGACCUUUCACCCAAGGGCUCCGUGGACGCAGGCAUCCGAUACCUCAUUGACGAGAUCAACACCGCCGAGGGCUUUGUGACCACAAGCAGCUGCGCCGGCCGUGCGAGCGUCUUCCUCGAGGGCAGGAAAACGAGGGCGGCAGAAGGGGAGAAUGGAGAGAGUGAGCAGGUCGCGAGAGUAGGUGGGAAAGGGGCGGGAGGCACAUGGCUGUACGUCUCGCAUGAUCCCUGGGAUGAUGCGGGUGAGACGCAUUUGGAUUGGGUGAAAAGUCUGGGAUUUUCGGAUGUGGAUGAGAUUGAGCUUCCGGAUGAUGGGCUUGGUGAGAGGAGGCUCAUACACUUCAAGUUUGAGCCCAUGAUUCUUCAUGUUCUGACUGCAUCACUUGGCCACGCCCAGCUUCUUCUCAGGUGCGCCUUACAAGCCGGCUUCCGCGAGUCCGGCGCCAUCAAUAUCACUUCUCCCUCCAGCGAGCAAACCAUGCCCAUGGUAGCCAUCCGCUCAAUGGGAUUAAGCCUCGAAUCCCUCGUGGGGUACCAGGACCUGGACGGACAGCGUCGGCGGAUAGUCCCUGCCGGGUACUUCAAGAUGCUUCUCCAGAUCUCCAAUGAGCGGUUCGUGGAGAAUACGAAACGCAUUGGAAGGUUCCGAUCCGCAUUCAAGGAGGUCGUGCUGGAACCACGAGAGGCGAGUGUCCCAAAGAAGUUGAACCCCGAGGGCAAGGAAUGGGAAGAUGCGGCUGCUCGGCGAGAGAGACUGCGUGCAGAAGGGCUGAGAAGAAAGGCGGCGCUUCAGGCUGAGAAGAGUGAAUCACCAGCACAGGAAAUUGACGAAGAACUGCACAUAGAUUCUCCAUUUUAG